AUGUGUGGGAUAUUCGCGUAUCUGAAUUACAACGUGGAAAGAGAGAGAAGUUACAUCUUGCAGGUUCUUUUCAACGGUUUAAGACGGUUAGAGUAUCGCGGUUACGAUUCCGCCGGAAUCGCCAUCGAUUCUUCUUCUCCACCACCUAAACCUCAAUGCUCCUCCGAUUCCAAAUUCAUUUCUUCUCCUCCUCUUGUCUUCCGCCAAGAAGGCAACAUCGAGUCCCUCGUUAAAUCCGUCUACAAAGAAGUGGAUGAAAUUGAACUGAAUUUGAAGGAGAGUUUCAGUAUUCAUGCUGGAAUUGCGCACACGCGUUGGGCUACACACGGUGAGCCUGCUCCGCGGAACAGUCAUCCCCAAACUUCAGGUCCUGCUAACGAAUUCAUGGUUGUUCACAAUGGUGUUAUCACUAAUUAUGAGGUUUUUCUUUUGGUUCUUGUUCAGGUUUUGAAGGCAACACUGAUCCUACAUGGCUUCGAGUUUAAAUCCGAAACUGAUACAGAAGUCAUUCCCAAACUUGCCAAGUUUGUUUAUGAUAAAGCAAAUGAAGCUGCUGGUGAUCAGGUUGUUACCUUCAGUCAAGUUGUGCUGGAAGUUAUGAGGCAUCUUGAAGGAGCCUAUGCACUUAUUUUCAAAAGUUCAUAUUAUCCUAAUGAAUUGAUUGCUUGCAAGCGUGGUAGCCCGCUGCUCCUAGGUGUUAAAGAAUUGGAAGAAAAUAAGGAUAAUGGCUCCGGCUUUGAGGAAAACAAAUUCCUAUCAAAAGAUGGAAAACCCAAGGAAUUGUUUUUGUCCAGUGAUGCUAAUGCUGUGGUUGAGCAUACCAAGAAAGUGCUAGUUAUUGAAGAUGGUGAAGUUGUGCAUAUCAAGGAUGGCGGGGUUUCUAUUUUGAAGUAUGAGAAUGACAUGGGAAAACCCGGCACUUUCUCCAGAGCUUCUUCGGUGCGACGUGCAUUAUCUGUUCUUGAAAUGGAGGUUGAGCAAAUAAAUAAAGGACAUUAUGAGCAUUAUAUGCAAAAAGAAAUUCAUGAGCAACCAGAGUCUCUAACAACCACAAUGAGGGGGAGGCUUAUACGUGGGGGGUCUAGCAAAUCCAAGUCUGUUCUGUUAGGUGGACUGAAGGAUCACCUCAAAACUAUCAGGCGAAGUAGAAGAAUAGUUUUCAUUGGUUGUGGAACAAGUUAUAAUGCUGCUUUGGCAGCUAGACCAAUCUUUGAAGAACUUUCUGGUAUUCCUGUCACUAUGGAAAUUGCUAGCGACUUAUUGGAUCGGGAGGGACCAAUAUACCGGGAAGAUACAGCCGUUUUUGUUAGUCAAUCUGGCGAAACUGCAGAUACUUUACUUGCACUGCAAUAUGCUUUAGAAAAUGGUGCAUUAUGUGUUGGGGUAACAAAUACUGCUAGUAGUGCAAUAGCAAGGAACACACAUUGCGGUGUUCAUAUAAAUGCAGGUGCUGAGAUUGGUGUGGCAAGUACCAAGGCAUACACAAGCCAAAUAGUAGUGAUGGCCAUGCUGUCUCUUGCAAUAGGAGGCGAUACUAUUUCCACUAAAGCAAGAAGAGAAGCUAUCAUAGAUGGUCUUUAUGACCUGCCAAACAAAGUCAGAGAGGUGCUGGAGCUUGAUCAAGAGAUGAAGGAUCUAGCAAAUCUAUUGAUUGCUGAGCAGUCUCUUCUUGUCUUUGGGAGAGGAUACAACUAUGCAACCGCACUGGAGGGAGCUUUGAAAGUAAAGGAAGUGGCACUUAUGCAUAGUGAAGGGAUACUCGCGGGCGAAAUGAAGCACGGUCCUUUGGCAUUGGUCGAUGAAAGUCUCCCAAUUGUUGUUAUUGCUACACGUGAUGCUUGCUUCAGCAAACAGCAGUCUGUUAUUCAACAACUUCAUGCCCGUAGAGGUCGUCUGAUAGUUUUGUGUUCAGAAGGGGAUGCUGCAUCUGUAUGCCCUGGUAAAUCUUGUAGGACAAUUGAAGUACCACAGGUUGAAGAUUGUCUUCAACCUGUGAUUAAUGUAGUUCCGUUACAGUUACUGGCAUAUCAUCUCACUGUACUGAGGGGAUUUAACGUUGACCAGCCUCGGAAUCUUGCUAAGAGUGUUACUACGCAGUAA